CUCACGAGCAGCUCACUCGACAGUUGAGACGAAGGCGGGUACCGAUUCCGUGUGUUUCCCGGACAUAACUCAGUAAAAUCUGUCCGUUUCCUUGCUAAAAAUGAGUUUUUUAAAGCUGUGUAGGAUACAUCGAUUUGUCUCGUGACGGGGAUAUUUUUGGACUCAGUGACCGUUUUGGGAGUAUUCUUGGGAGUCAGAGGUCUUUCUACCAACAGUUUUCCUCCAAGUAUGGACAAGACCCAUCUUUCGAGCCCUAAUGAUAUCAUAAUGACGAGCUCAACAGGCCCCUACCAGCAGGAACCCCUGACACCACCCAGACCCGCCCAUCUCCACUCCUCAUCCUCUUCCUUAUCCUCCCCCUCUCCGUCCUCUUCCUCUUCACCCAUGAAGCCAAACCAGGUCGGCCAGGUCAUCCUAUACGGCGUUCCCAUUGUAUCGCUGGUCAUUGAUCACAAUGAGAGACUUUGCCUGGCACAGAUUUCUAACACGCUCCUCAAGAACUACAGUUAUAAUGAGAUUCAUAAUCGCCGCGUGGCGCUGGGCAUCACCUGUGUCCAGUGCACUCCGGUUCAGUUGGAGAUUCUUCGCCGGGCCGGUGCCAUGCCCAUCUCGUCACGCCGUUGUGGCAUGAUCACCAAGCGCGAAGCUGAGCGCCUCUGCAAGUCCUUCCUGGGAGAGAACGCACCGCCGAAACUGCCAGAUAACUUUGCCUUUGAUGUGACACACGAGUGCGCCUGGGGUUGCCGUGGUAACUUCAUCCCGGCACGCUACAACAGCUCCAGGGCCAAAUGCAUCAAGUGCUCCUUGUGCAACAUGUACUUCUCCCCAAAUAAGUUCAUUUUCCAUUCCCACCGCACACCAGACGCCAAGUACACCCAGCCCGACGCCGCCAACUUUAACUCCUGGCGACGGCACCUCAAACUCUCUGACAAACACCCAGCUGAUGAGAUGGUCUUCGCAUGGGAAGACGUCAAAGCUAUGUUCAAUGGAGGUAGCCGGAAGAGAGCGCUGCCCUCCUCAGCCCAUUGUUCCUCCAUCGGUUCUAUGAAGACUCUCCCAGGUUCGGUGUCUCACAUGAUGGGUGACUUGGGUGCUCAGAAAAGAGCCCGCUUUGAAGAUGAGGAUGAUCUGGAUGGAGGCAGUCUGUCUCCCCGUAAGACACCACGUAGCUACCCUGUCAUCCCUGUCCCAAGCAAAGGCUUUGGCAUGCUGCAGAAGUUCCCUCCCACGUCGCUCUUUCCCUCGCCUUACCCCUUCCCAGCAUUCGGCCUCUGCCAGCAGAAAAAAGAUGACAGUGAUGUUUCCGGUGGGCAGAAAGGAGCAGGGUUGUCAGGUCUUUUAUGGCCUGGCCGCAAAGACACUUUUUAUCCUCCUUUCUGCAUGUUUUGGCCACCAAGAGCGGCAGGAGGAAUCCCUGUCCCCACCUACCUCCAGCCUCAGCCCAGCGCCCUCUCCUCUUUGGCAGACAACCCUUCUCUCAGGCAGGCCUUUUUGGAUCUCUCAGAACCCAGCGAGCCUGUAGCUGUAACCGGCAACGAAAGUAGCGUCAGCGCGACCAUGGCCCCCGGCAGCACGACAACCACACCCAGAUCAUCUGGGCUGUUUGACCCAGAAUGCACCACAGUAACACCUGACCUUCGCCCUGUGACAUCAGAGGGCUGGCUCAAACUCCUGGACACCCCAACCUUCCAAGCCAGGAAGCCGAGCUACGGCUCAGCCUUCCGACCUGUGAUCAAGGAUGCCGAGAGCAUGGCCAAGCUCCACAGCAACGGCGGAGCAGUCGCUGGGGCAACAGACGAGGACUUUGGGGUCGUGGUCGCCCGGUCAGACCGCCAACAGCGGCUGUCGCCCAGCAGCAGCUGUAGUUACGGGAGUGAAAGUGGAGGCGAUGGAGAGGUGGAGGGAGUGGAGAGUGAGGAGGAGGGGGAGGUGGAUGUGGAGUCGUCGAAGCAGGAGGAGGAGGAGGAGGAGGGGAGCUUCACAAACAGGCCGCCACAGACUCAAAGCAACCUGUUUCUCCCUGCGUUGAGCGACGGUCAUGGAGAGGAGAGGGGGAAGGAGAGAGGGAGUGGCGCUGUGUAUACCAGCACCUCCCCUCCCUCCUCCUCGGACCCCAUCCAGCGGGAGUCCCCCAGCCUGCCUGCCUCCCCUACUGCCAGCCUGCCUCUCUCCAGCUCCACCCCGCCUCACCGAGAUGACCCAGCUUACAAAAACGUUCACAAAAAUAGAGAUGAAGGACUACCUGUGUACGCAACCAAAGACAACUCCAGCAUUUCUGAUGAAAACAAAGAGCAGAAUAGUUUCUUCGUACCAGACAGUGAAACGUCAGCACCCGACUACUGGAGGGAAAGCUCAGGUGAUCGAAGCCAAGGUGCUGCCUCUCCGGUGCCGCUAAAGAAGGACGUUGAGAACAUGGAGAAAGAGGAGCUCCAGAAGGUUCUGCUGGAGCAGAUUGACUUCAGGAGGAGACUGGAGCAAGAGUUUCACGCUCUGAAGGGCACCUCACCAUUUCCUGUCUUCCAUAAUUUCCAAGACCAGAUGAAACGAGAGCUCGCCUACAGAGAAGAGAUGGUCCAGCAAUUACAGAUGAUUCCCUACGCAAACAUCCUCAGAAAAGAAAAGAUCAGCUCCCAUCUCAACAAGUAAACAUAAGGCUGAGUCAAGAAAAUCCCACGUGAGAGGAAGAAGCUGCCUGGAUUUCUGUAAAUUUACCAAGAAGGAAAAAAAACAAACAUGAAAACCGACAGAGAAAUAUAGGAGAGAGGAGAGAGACACAAACAGAAAGAAAUAUGACACUAUAGUAUAUAAAUAUGUUUUCCUUGGACAGUGUUUUAUUUCUGAUUCUGUACUACAACCUCUGUUAAUAGCCCUGCACUUAAACUCUGUCUUACAAAAACACAUUUGGACCAGUUUGUCUGUGGGGUGGCACACUGAUAAAAGUUUCAUCCCUGUCUCCUUUUCCCUGGGUUCACUUUAUUUCCCAAACGGUCUGAACUGAAAUGGGCACAAACUGACGACAUCAGGGGAAACAGAAUGACUCCUGCUCUUUCCUCAUUGCUGCACUGGCAGUCAGACUCAAAGCUUUACCCAACCAGGACCAAAGCAACCACAACCUUUCUCGUCUUUCGUGAAUUUUAGGGCUGUUAAAGACCACCAGGAAGGCAGUUGGAGACUUUGUCACAAAAAAACAAAAAAACUCUGAAAUGUUAUGAGCUCUUUAAAGAUGAAGAGCAAGAAGAAAGAGUCAUAGAUACAGUAAGAAUGGCUGUUAUUGUCCACGACUCUGACUGCUGCUGGCCCAACUGUACAUACACCAGACUGUGGAUGAGGAUGGACUUCACACUAAGAUUGUUGCUGUUGUUGUUAUUAUUGAUGUUGCCGUGGUAUCACCAAAUGGGGACCCUAACGAGAAACAAACAUUCCAAGCUUUAUGUAUUGGCAACAUUUGAUCCUAAAGGGAUUCUCCUCAUCGUGUCCAGUUGUGUUUAAUGACCAAAAGAAAUCAUUAUUUCCACUGAUUAUCAACAUGGUCAAUCAUCACUGAUGAGGUCAGAUGCAUCAUGUCUAGUCUGUUAGAUGACCCGAACUUGAAUAUGCCAGAUGAAGAACAAAAUAAAGGGGGGAAAUGAAUGUAGUAUUGGUGUUUUGGAUGCAAUGAGACCAUUAUUAAUAGAGGGUGGUAUCGCAAAAAGGUUCACGCUUUAAGCAAACAGUUUGUACUCAUAGUUUUAGUAUUUGGGAGUGAUUUCUGAGUGAAUAAAAAAAUAAUUAAGUAUUAUGUUCAAUGCAGAUGUUGCUGCACUGAUUAUACGUUGUUCACCUUUUAUUCAUACAGGAAGAGUUACCUCAACAACAUCCUGUGUCACAUAGUUAAGAAGCAGUGUUCUUCUGUUAAUUAUAUCGAACAUCUGGAGAAUCCUUCGCUCAAAGGCACCCUGAAAGUAUUGUUAACCCUUCGCCCAAAUUUUCUAACCAUCAACCCACAGGCUUUACCUCCAGUCAGAGGGGAAGGUAAUAUUGCCAUCAUGGGCUAAAUGUGUGGGGUGUGAUCAGAUGGGGAAUCGACAUUUAAAGGCCAAUUCUUUUUACUUGUUUGCCAACCAAAUGAGUGUCCAGGCAACGAGGAGCAAAAGACUGAAGUUUGUCAGUGUUGUAUAUCUACCUGUAAAUUAUUUUUGCCUGACUGUAUAAACUGUCAUAGUGAGAAUACUGAACCUCACAGUCAGUCUAUCUAUAUGUGUUUGUUUGUUUAUUUAUUUGAGUAUCAGGGCCUAAGACCCUGAUUGUGAAAAUAUUAUUUAUUAUAAUGUUAAAGAAAAAGAAAGCAACAUGAUGAUGAUGAUGAUGGUGCAGUCAGAGUAUGUCAGAGAGAAUAAAAAUGAGAACUCACUCAUCUUGUUUAUAAAAUGAAAUGAAUGAAUGGAUAAAGUUGUCAUUUACUGAGAGCAAUGUUAUCAUCAUAAACUGUUAAUGCAGAUGUAUUUACAUAUGUUCUUGUAGUUUCUCUACUACUUAUGUGUAAAUUAAAAGUCUAUACAAUAA